AUGAACGAACUUGACGUGAACUUCGGUUUGGUUUCUGCCGCUGUCACUGCUGUUACCUUGGCUGCUGCUGCCGUCGCUCCAACGAGAAACCAGAUGCAAAAAGUUGGAAAUCUGGUUGACGUUUUAGAAAAUGUCGUCAACGUGCUUAAUGACCAAGAUGAGUCGUUUCUGGGAAACGUUUUUGAUCCCGCGGCAGUGUUGGACAGUUUGCGGAAAGAUGGUUGGGUAAUUGGUCCGGAUGAACAAGAUUUGCACGAAUUUUUCUUGGUACUUCUCAACACGAUCGACGAACAUUUGACUGGGAAACCCGAGCCUUCGCUGAAGGAUGUGUUUGAAGCUCCGAUUCCGAAGUUCCCCGGAGAGAUUCCUUCGAAAACCCGUCACACGUUUUCCGGGAUCGAAUCGAACGACGCGAAAAUCGCGGGUUUGGUUGGAUUGGAGCGGCCAUUUCGUGGUUUGAUGGCGUCGCAGCUCAUGUGCACUUGCUGCGGAAAAAGGACUGCGUUGAAGCACGAUUCGUUUUCCAGCGUCUCCCUUGCGUUCCCUGGGAACAAUCCGGGAAUGUAUUUUGCUAGAACGAAUUUGAUGGAACUCUUGAGGGGUUAUUUUGCAUCGGAUGUGGUUCAUGACGUACUUUGUGGGCAUUGCUCGUCGCUUGCCGGCGAUGGUGCAUCAGUGAGAAGAGUCUUUGUGAAGGAUACCUACAUGGGAAAGUUGCCUAAAUGCCUGUGUUUGCAUAUCCAAAGAACCCGUUGGCUUCCAGAUGGGCGGGCGAUCAAAUGCAGUUUUCCUGUUGAUUUUUCCGAGUAUCUGGAUCUCGAGGAGUUCGUCUUCACACCUAGAUCUAGUCGGCUACGAUCUGUUCAGCCCGAGCCCGUAAAAGCCAAGACUCUGGCGUCUCUCGUCAAGUCUGCAUCCAUAGAUCAAACCCCUUCAACCGUGUUUCAACUGAAAGCUGUGGUGGAACAUUUGGGUGACACUGCAGCUGGACAUUUCGUCACUUAUCGAAGAGGUCCAAUUGGCUCUCAAUCGCGGGAUUUGUGGUUCUACACGAGUGACACCCGAGUGCAGCCGACAUCUCGUUCGCACGUGUUCCAAGCGAUCCCUUACAUUCUUUUCUACGAACGCGUAUCUGCUGGAUAGCGUGUUUUGGAUAAGCUCCGUUUUUUUUCUCUUGAGGGAAGGAGGAGUAUAGAAUUCAUAGCUUUCGCUUGUGCGGAUUAUGAAAGAAACUUCGUUGUGAUUUGUCUUGUGAACGAUUCGAGGAGUGAGGUCAUCUGAAAUGCGUGGAACAACCGUACGCACUUUUCUGGGGGACGGUGGGGGUGGUACAAUUUGACUUGGAAAAAAUUUCAGACUUUAUCUGAUUGAGUAGGUUUUAUCAAAGUAAUGUGCUGUAUUUGUUUUCUAGUCUCUUCUUAUAGCUUCAAAGAUUCUUUUCCCUGUUUUUUAAUUGCUUUCGAUUCUUGGUCUAAAAAUUAUUUCUUCUGAUUCCCGAAGCUGAACUAGAACGGGGAAAUUCUGUGAAAGAAGAAAAUAAGACCUGAUGUGUGAGUCGUUUCGAAAGCUUUCAGUGUAGGUAUGUUUGCUCAAUGAGACCAGAGGAAUAAAAAUUGCUUUAUAAGUCA